GAACUAGAAACGCAAUAAAACUGAGUGGAUGAGGCACAAAAUUAAAUGUCGGCAUCUGGAAGCUUUAAACAGGGCGUCAGUAUAUUGACCAUAUUGGAGGUAGUGGCUUUUCAAAGUACCUGCCUAUUUCAGUGCUAUAGGGCAGUAAAAUGUUUGCAAAACUGAAGAAGAAGAUAGCAGAAGAGGCAGCUAUUGCUCCCAGACCAGGAGGAGCUGCCAGGAUACCCAGAUCUCUCAGUAAGGAGUCAAUUACAUCGGUGGGAGCAGACUCUGGAGAUGACUUUGCUUCUGAUGGAAGCAGCUCUAGAGAGGAUCUUUCAUCCCAGUUGUUCAGAAGAAAUGAACAAAUAAGAAAACUGGAGGUCAAGCUGUCUGAUUAUGCUGAUCAGAUCCGAAACUUGCAGAAGAUAAAAGAGAAGCUUGAAAAUGCAUUAGAAAAGCAUCAGGAUUCCUCCAUGAGGAAGUUUCAGGAGCAGAAUGAAGCUCACCAGGCCAGUCGAGCCAAGAUGGCUGAAGGAAUGGCUUUGGCCUUAGAAAAAAAGGACCAGGAGUGGAUGGAAAAACUGGGUCAAAUCGAAAAGGAAAAAAAAAUGCUUGAAACGCAGUUACAAGAAAUGAGGGAGCAGAGUUUGAACCUUUUUCAAAAAAGAGAUGAAAUUGAUGAACUGGAGGGCUUUCAGCAGCAGGAAAUUGCCAAAGUUAAACACAUGCUUUUGAAAAAGGAAGAAUCUCUGAGCAAAACAGAGCAGGAACUAGAGGUGUGCACUCGAGAGCUGACCCACACUAAAGAGGUGCUUCAGGAUGCAAGCAACAAGUCAUCAGGCCUAAGGAAAGAUCUUCAAGAGUUGCAGCAGCAGUUCUCGGAGCUAGAGGCACAGAGAGAUGAACUAAUGACAGCUGAGACAAAUGCAGAAAAUAAGAUCACUGCUCUGGAGUUAAGAGAACAGGAGCUACAAACUGUCAUUCAGCAGCUUUCUGUAGACUUGCAAAAUGCUCGAGUUGCUGGUUCUGGUUGUGAGAAGAGACUGGAAAUGUUACAGGUGGAGCAUGAAUCUCUGAAGGUGGAAUAUGAACAACACAAGCAAAAGAUGACUUUUGAAUUUGCUGAGAGAAAUAAACUUACCGAACAGCUGCAGGAAAAAGUGUCUUCCUUGGAAAAGAAGCUAGAAAGAAAUCUUUCAGGGGAUGAACAUGUGCGGGAGCUACUCAAGGAGAAAGCUACUCUUGAGCAGAAACUGGAUGAAACCAGGCAGCAGGUACUAACAGACAGAACGCAUCACGCUGAGACUGUGAGCCGAUUGGAAACACAGAAUAAAGAACUGGAACAAAAACUGCAGAUUGCAACAGAAACAUUGAAAAAGAGCAAAGAAGCAGCUGCUGAGCAGGAUCUGAAGAUCCAGAAGUUGCAAACUAAUCUAGAGGAUGAAAGAAGUAAACUACAGCAACAGAUUUUAAGUGAGAAACAUCGGUAUGAUCAGAAACUUACUGGGCUGGAGUCUCAAAUUGCUGCUCUUGAAACAGCUUGGGAAUUUGAUAAAACAGCUACUCAGCACAAGAUUAGCCAGUUGGAAAAGGAAAAUGAAAAUCUUAAUGGAAGCAGAGAAGAUUAUGAGAGUUCUUUAAAAAAACAAGAGUCUGAAUUGAGCAGAAUACAGAAUGAAUUGAGCAGCAGAGAGACUGUCAGCAUUGAAAUUGCCAAAGCAUUGGAAGAAACACGAAAACAAAGAGAGGAAUUACAACAGCAGGUUUCACAUCUGGCUUCCUUAAUAAAGGAAAAAGACGAGCUGAUUGAGGAAAAAUGUGAUAUGCUUCUAAAACAGAAGGAAGAACUAAACCAACUGAGUCAAGAUCAUGAAGCUGUCUUGCUGCGAAUGCAUCAGUUGCAAUCUGACAUAGAAGCAAGUAAUAGCCGAGCAGUGGAGAAAGAAGAAACGGCAAGAAAGGAAAUUGAUGAACUGAAGUUGCAGAUACAGGAGUGCCUGUUGGCCAGAGAACAUGAGAAAAAUGUUUCAGAACUAGAGGAAUCGACUAGAGCCUUGAACAACAAGCAUUUACAUUCUCCAGAAAACUGUGUGGUGGAACAGAAUGGAGACAUAGCAGCUGCAGACGUCAUUCAACUUCAGAAAGAUAAUAGAGAGCUGGAACAGCAAAUUGCUGAGAAAAACAAGAUGAUAAAGCAGCUACAGCAAAGAAUGACAGAACUCAAGAAAACCCUCCAGAAAGAGUUGAAAAUAAGGCCUGACAGUGAAGUACCUGAAGUACGUGAAAAAGCAAAUUCUGAAGUGCCUAAUGCUUCUGUGACUGUCACAAACAACUCUGAUUUAAAUGACUCAAGGGAGAUAAACUUUGAAUACCUUAAACAUGUUGUACUAAAAUUCAUGUCCUGCCGGGAAUCUGAGGCAUUCCAUCUAAUUAAAGCUGUAUCUGUGUUACUGAAUUUUUCACAAGAGGAAGAAAACAUGCUUAAAGAAACUUUAGAGUACAAGAUGUCAUGGUUUGGGUCAAAGCCAUCUCCUAAAGGCAGUAUCCGGCCGUCGAUCUCAAGCCCAAGGACACUGUGGCCUUAAGGAAACCUGAAAAUGGCAGUCAGCAUCUAGCCACUUUUUUCUGUGAAAAGAACGCUGAACACACUAAUUCAGUUCUGGUUAUCUCCACUGGGAUGCUAUAGCUAUUAAAAAUUGAGAGAUUUUAAAGCAUGAAACAAACCCCACCUUCUGCCCAUGACGUAAUUCAGAUACAGCCCAGUGGGUAUUGCAAUGUAUGAAAUGAAAACAAUGAUCAACAGUAUGAGACGCCUCGCUGUCGUUAGGAAACAGAUGACUGCAAAGCGUCCACUCGGAGCAGAGCCUGCACGCGCUGUAGGUGUGUAAACGUUCCCGAGUUACCAAACCUGAUACACAGGGGACGACGGCUGGGCCUUUUCCAGAGGACAGACGGGUACUACUACUGAGCAGCUGACUCCUCUCUGAGCAAGCCACACGUCUUACCGGUAGUGCUAAAAAGCAGCACACAAGCAAGGCUUUAAACCCUGCCCGGCCUACUUCAGACCUGCCUUGUUCCUUUCAAAACAAAGAGGACGAGAUGCUUUACAAGUGCCUACAUGCUCUGAGCGCUGUCAUCUUUCCAGUCAGGGUGGUGGUGUGUAAUGCUACACACUGGGAGCACCCACCCAUGGUUACCUGAAAACAGUCUGCAGUGGAAACAA